CUAUGCAACCUGAAGCCGUUUUAACGGGGUAUAUCACGAUCCGAAAUAUUUUUAUAAAUAAAUGUGCACGCUUGGACGAUAGUGCUGGCAGUUUGUUGAUUCGUGGACUCUGUUUUGGAACUGCAAUCAGGGAUGUGUGUAAAAGGUUGAUUGUUGCGUUGGAGUUAAGAAAAAAGAUUCCAACAUUUUUCACUAAAAUAACAGCCAUAUCAGGGCACAAAUGAAAUUACCGAGCAUGAAGAAUGGAUGCGCUGUAGAGCGUAUCUCCUCCACCGAACCCGAAGACACCAAGGACCCGACCCUGAACGAACGAUGCGAGGUAAACAAGGAAGACAAGCCAGAGAAGGGGGAGAGAUCGGUAUACAACGGUGCCAGAAUAUCCAGGAUGUUACUGGCUGUGUACGGGGACCGUCGGUAUCGAAGAAAACUGAUCAUCCAUCUUGAUAUACGCAACACGAUCUUGGUGGCUGAUUCGGUAACGGACGUCUCCGUUGAAGAGGCACUAAAUAGUUAUCUGACCGGCGUUGUUUGGGGCAAAGAGCAGGACGGGGAAUGGAAAUUUUUCUCCAAAGAACCUUCACUGAGAGCGCCGGCUCCUGGGCUCUGCACGUACUACAGGUACCUCGAACGUCAAUUGGUUAAAAUUCCAACCAACCGCGCCGAACUACAGCACCAGACGGGGGACUUCGUGCACACACCAAAAGGGGAGCAGUUUCUAGAACAUUUCAACAAGCACCUGGAGCUUCUCCGCUGGACGUACGGGAACGAGACCUCCCAUCACAAAGUUCUAACCAUGUCGGGAAGAGACGGUAAACCUUACCACUACAUCCUCCCUUCCGUCUACAAGCUCAUCUCCAGCCUGCACGAGAGGCAGCGAGACUUCGCGAUCGUCAUAAGGACGUUUGGUCGCGACGCGUCCAACGUGUUGUCCAGCUUGCAGUACGGUCUCCAUGGAAACCACCCGGCCGUGCCAAAGAAAAUCAACCUCCAGGUUCAUAAAACACCAGGGGUGGUUAAACGCGGGAAAAAUAACAUAGAACUCGUUUCUUACAAGCCAGGAGGGGGUCAGGAAAUUCAAACGAAACUUGUUCACGAGAAGGACAUCUACCGUAGUCUUUGUGACGCUCAGGGUAUCACCGGUUACGUUGACGACUUCCGGUUUUGGCAAAACAAACACUACGACCACGAGGCCGGGAAGCCAUUUUGGAUCGACCUCAACGACCAGCGCCACCAUCAUAUAUUUUUUGAUGACAACUUCCGGCCAGACGAGGAGGACAGUAUCAUCGACGUGAGGAUGUUCAGCGUUGAGGCGCCGUCUGUGGCGGUCAGUCUUGACCACGAGCUGGUAGCUAAGCUCGAGAACGUCUGCCUGGUGCAGGCUGACCUGCUUAAGAGCAUCAAAGACGAGGAUUAUUUUAUACGCAUGACAAAUGAGUGUGAGGAGAAAUUUUAUGACAUGUUCGAUUCUGGUCAGGAUUAAUUAAUUAUUUUUUUUACUCCAUAUCACAAAAACAAAUAACCGUCUCACACAUUACUAUGUUUUUUUUAAACUCACACACAACUUUCUUUUUAAUUAAUUAGGAAGUACGUAUAAUCUUUAAAUUAUGCACCGACUGUAGUAUUAUGUACUCUGUUGUUGAAGUUACUAUGUAGAAAGAUAACUGUUAUGUUGGCUUUCAUAAAGGGUAAGUUGGUGGAAAACCAAACGACAUUUUCGCUGAAAGCCCUAUACAAAGAUACAGGCAGGAAAUGUUACUAUUUUUAAUAUAUUAUAAUUUAAUAAAUCCCCUUUAAAGCCCUACCCCCCCCCCCCCUAACUAGCUGAUAUUUAACAAACAAGGGGUAUUUUUUAAGUGCAUCUACGAGAACGGCAAAACCAAAUCAUGCCUUGUUUAUUUUAAUUCAUAAUUCGUGAGCUUGACCAUUACUGUUUUUUUUUAAAUAAUUAAUAUAUUAAAAAUGUUCUUGUGAGCAUUUUAUUUGGUUGUUUUCUAAAACGAAUAAUUCAUUAUUACUUUUUAAUA